AUGGGAAAUGAAUACAGUGAUGCAACCCAUGAACUUGUGAAAUUCUUCAGAAAAUCAAAUCAAGAUCUUGAUAUAGUUCACCGCCUUCUCGAAAACGAGUUUCAACGCCUUUACCCUGACAAUGCAAAUCCUAUGAAGCUUGCGUCUAGAAUCAGAAAGGUGCAGGAAGAUGUUUCAUCUUUGAAGGAAAAGUACCCCGAGCUUCUUGCUGCUAAGCAGGAUUUGAUUGAUAAAGCUCAGAGACUUUUAGUUGAGAAUAUAAAUUUAUUGAAGCGUAUGAAAUCGUCUGUUGGCAUUCCCUUUACCUAUGAAGAUGAGGAGGCGUUCGCUAACUUUAAACAGGUGAUUGAUGAAUGGACAGAGCAAACAAGAUCAAAAAUAGGAAAUGAACCGCACGAUUCAAAUUCUAGUGAUCUCAACAAACUACUCUUCUCCGCCAUAGUUCAAAGUGAUUGA